CAGUGCGCGCCACUUCCCGGGGCGCCCUUGUGCAUCCUGGUAACUCUUCCGGGUUUUAAACAGUAGUUAUUCCAAUUGUGUGUUCUUUCCAGCCGUCUCCUAUGAUCUAACUGAUCCUCUUCAUCAGUGUCUGUCACCUCCGUGUGUCUAAACUACAGCAGGUGGUGCUGGUGGAGCCGCUGCCCUGGAGCGUGUGAUGGGUGGGGGCCCCCUCUCCCUGGUGCUGGGGGGCCUGGGGGUCCUGCUGCUCUUCAGGAUGGUGCGGAGGCUCCGGCCGGGGGCCCGGGUCAGGGACUCUGUGGUGGUCAUCACGGGGGCCAGCUCAGGGCUGGGCAGAGAGUGCGCCCGUGUGUUCCAUGCGGCGGGGGCCCGGCUGGUUCUGUGCGGGCGCCACGCCGGACGGCUGCAGGAGACGGUGGAGGAGCUGAACGAGGCGGCGGGGCGGGGCCACACACAGACCCACCCCCCCAGCACGGUGACCUUUGACCUGUCGGAGGCGGGGGCAGUGGAGCGGGCGGCGGAGGAGAUCCUGCGUCUCCACGGCAACGUUGACGUCCUCAUCAACAACGCCGGCAUCAGUUACCGCGGCAACAUCCUUGAGACGGACCUCUCGGUGCAGCGCGCCGUCAUGGAUACCAACUACUUCGGACCCGUCGCCCUGACCCAAGCCCUGCUGCCCUCCAUGGUGCGGCGGCGGAGCGGCCAUGUUGUGGUCAUCAGCAGCAUCCAGGGCCGGAUCGCCAUCCCGCACCGCUCGGCCUACGCCGCGUCCAAACACGCCACCCAGGCCUACUUCGACUGCCUGCGGGCGGAGGUGGAGCGCUACGGGCUCGAGGUCAGCGUGGUCAGCCCCGGGUACAUCCGCACCAACCUGUCACGCAACGCCCUGACGGGGGACGGCUCGCAGUACGGAGUCCUGGACCGGACCACGGCGAUGGGUCGCGACCCCGCGGACGUGGCGCGGGCCGUCCUGGAGGCGGUCCGGAGGCGGAGCAAAGACGUCCUAUUGGCCGGGCUGCUGGCCACCGUGGCGCUCUACCUGCGCACGCUGUGCCCCGCCCUCUUCUUCAAGGUCAUGGCCAUGCGCGCUCGCAAGGAGCAGCGGCCAGAAGCAGCAGGAGGAGGUGGAGCAGGUGGAGGUGGAGCAGGAGGAGAAACAUGAACCUCAUGUUUGAUGUGAGACAGGUUCGACUCUGGUGUGUUUAAUGUCUAGGUCUAAUGUUCAUGCUCCUUUAACCGUGUUCUGUGGAGCGGUCUGAGUCAUGUGACUCGACCGAUCAUAUCGUCGUAUGAUAGUCAUGUGACUCGUGUCAACGUCAUCCGCUCUGGUUCCAUCUCCUUUGGUCUCACUCGCUACCAACUGCUACCGACUGCUCAUCCUGCCGGUCUAAAGACUUCUUUAGACUUCCUGAAACUAGGACUUUAGAUAAGGUCACGCCAAAGCUGCACGGCGUGAGUUCUGCCACUAAUGUCCUGCUUUUAAUUGGAAAACAUUAAAGAUACUGACCCAAGAUGCA